ACAUCCCUAAAAAGACGAAUCGAAACCCAUCUCUCUCCUUCACCACCAUCUCCUCCACCUAUUCGCGUCUCCACGAGCUCCUCCACCCCCAAAGCUCGAUUCAUCUCCCGUCAGAAACAAUCCGUCUCCGUUCGCCAGCUCCAGCGACCUCUAAUGGAGUAUAUGAGCUUACCUGCAAGUCAGUACUCGGUGCUAGACGCGGAGAGGAUCGAGAGAGUUGAUGAUAACACGUUUACACUUUUAAAUUCUUCGACUUUGAAGUGUGUCCUGUUCUGCUCGUUAGGGUCGAAGAGCAAACUAAUGGCUGCUGCAUCAAGCUCUUGUCUUGCAAGACUAUCAAGCAUGGGCUUCGGGAGACACUUCAAGUCAACCUCUUGGGACUGGCGAGAUAUGAUAGUGAAUCAAAAUGGACCUUACCUGGCUCCGAGAAGUCUCCCAUCUUUUUCAAAUGUGUUCUUGUAAAAUGACCACAGAUGAGUUUGUUCCUUUGUUUCGGAAUGUCAAUUGGUCCAAGCCAAAGCCCAUAAUAUGCAAAACCCAUAAAUAUUUAAGUCUGACCCGACCUUAAAAUGUGCCGCAUUUUACUUAGCCCAAAGUAUAUGUUUAGCUGAUUCAA